GGUUUCCUGUGUUUACUUUCUGUUUGCCUGUCACACGCAAAAUUGAGAAAUUUAAAAAAUAAAAGAAAGGUUUAACAAUAUAUAGCGACCAAAGAAUCCUUUGGUUAAAAAGCAUGGAUCUUAAACACAUUAAAAGACUUGAAGAGGAACAAAAACUUGCUCUUUUUGAAACUGAUAGAAAAAUUAAACAAUGGGAAACAUUCAGAUCUGACUAUGAGGCACUGAAGAAGCGACUGACAACAUUGCCAGAUAAGACUAAGCACGAUGUCAUGGUACCAUUUGGGCCUUUGGCUUUUAUGCCUGGGCAACUGGUUCAUACAAAUGAGAUACUUGUGUUGCUAGGAGAUAACUGGUUUGCUGAGAGAUCUGCCAAACAGGCAACGGAGAUCAUAGGCAGAAGAAUAACGACUGUGCAAAAACAAAUUGAUGAUCUGCAGGCUCAGAAACGUCUCCUUGAACCAAGACUUGAAUUUACAAAGAACAUUCCUGGAGGAUCAACGAAUGAAGAUUACUUUGAAAUAACAGAAGAAUAUGAUGCUGAUAAGGAAAAGCUAUGGAGAGAGGAACACAGGAAAAGUAUACAGAGACAAAGAAAGAAAGAGAAAAUAGAGAGAAAGUCAAUGGAGAAAGAGAAAACUCUUACAGAUGAAGAAAUAUGGAAGAGGUUGGAUGAACUAGAGAAACAGGAAUCUGAACGCCAGGAACUUCAAAGAAUUUCAGUAGAAACAGCUGAUGUCGAUUUUAUGAAAACUUUGCAAGAGGACAUGUCAGUAACUUCACCAUCACAACAUCAAACAACCAGAAAAGUUCACUUCCAAGAAGAAGAGGAGUCAUCUUCCAUGGUAGAGUCUGAAGAAGAAAGUGAAAUUGGAGACAGUGAUGAUUUCUCAAGUGAUACUGAAGAAGAAGAGGAAGAAGAAGAGAGUCAAAGAAGGAGGAAGACACAGGUCAUCAACUUCUCACAUGCAAAAGUAGACGAUCGACUACAACGAGAAGAAGCAAACUCAGAGGAAGAUACUUGUGAAGUGAGAAGUCCUCGGGACAUUUACAGACUCUACAAGCCAGACCCUAAGUCCAUUCUUAAAAACAGUAGUAGCAAUGUAAAGAGAGUGAAUGUCAAGAAAAAAUCUGACAGACAGAGAGCUCCAUUAAUGGGUCCAUCCUCUUCAUUGCCAACAGCAUUUUCUGGUGUUGUUGUGGAGAAGAAAGUUCCAGAACCUAUGCCAACAGUCGCAAAAGAGCAGACAUCUUCUGAAAGCAGACCACACAUUGCUGCUCAGUCAGAGGAAAUUCAGAGGCCAGUAAGGGUAUCAAAAUUCAAAGCCCAGCGUCAAAAUUUGUCCAAACACUAAUUUGUA